AUGGAGACUUCCAAAAAGGCAUUGUUCAAAGUCCUAUUGGCUACCACUGUGGUUAUACUAAGUCUCCUGUUUAGUUUUGCAAAUGCAGAUAUUCACCAACAUGAAUUUUCUGUUCAAGAAACAAGAAUAACAAGACUGUGCAAAACCAAGAAUAUAAUAACAGUGAAUGGACAAUUCCCUGGGCCAACGUUGACCGUUCGAAAUGGGGAUAAACUUGUUGUUAGGGUUGUGAAUAGAGCACGAUACAAUGUUACCAUUCAUUGGCAUGGUAUUCGUCAAAUGAGAACUCCAUGGGCAGAUGGACCAGAGUAUGUGACACAAUGUCCAAUAAAACCAGGAGGAGUUUACACAUACAGGUUCACUAUUGAAGACCAAGAGGGUACAUUGUGGUGGCAUGCUCACAGUAGAUGGCUUAGAGCUACUGUUUAUGGGGCUCUUGUUAUCUUACCAAAACAGGGUUCUCAUUUUCCUUUCUCACAGCCUAAAAAGGAUAUCCCUAUUCUUCUUGGUGAAUGGUGGAACAAAGAUAUUAUUGUAAUCCAAAGACAAACACAGUUCACAGGAGCUGCUCCCAAUAUUUCUGAUGCAUAUACUAUCAAUGGUCAACCUGGUGACCUCUAUAGAUGCUCUAGCCAAGAUACUCUAAAGUUUUUAGUGAAUCCUGGAGAAACAAUACUCUUAAGGGUCAUCAACGCUGCACUCAAUCAACAACUCUUUUUCUCAGUUGCCAACCACAAAUUGAUUGUGGUGGGAGCUGAUGCUGCUUAUAAUAAGCCUUUUACGACGAAUAUUAUCAUGGUUGGACCUGGUCAGACCACUAAUGUAAUACUCACUGCUGAUCAGCCCCCUGCACGCUAUUACAUGGCAGCUCGUGCCUAUGCCUCAGCUCAAAAUGCCCCAUUUGACAACACUACUACCACUGCUGUUCUUGAGUACACGAAUCUUAGGUCGGGAGCUAAUUCAAGGCCUUUGUUGCCUCAGUUUCCAGCCUUUAAUGACACAAAUGCUGUCACGUCUUUCACAAGUCAAAUGAGGAGCAUUCCUAAAAAUAAUAUUAAAGUACCUAAUCAGAUUAAUGAGAAUUUGUUCUUCACUGUUGGAUUAGGCUUAGUGAGUUGCACUCCUGGUCCUAGAUGUCAAGGCCCUAAUAACACACGUUUUGCUGCUAGUAUGAACAAUGUCUCCUUUGUUUUUCCUAGAAGAACCUCAUUGCUACAAGCUUAUUACCAAAACAUUCCUGGGAUUUAUACAUUGGAUUUCCCUCCUGUUCCACCUGUAAAAUUUGAUUAUACGGGAAAUGUUUCUAGAGUACUCAGGCAGCCAGGAUUUGGGACUAAGUUGUAUAAGAUCAAAUUUGGUUCUAAUGUACAAAUUGUGUUACAAGAUACUGCUAUCUUCUCGGUGGAGGACCACCCAAUUCAUCUUCAUGGAUACCAUUUCUGGGUUGUUGGACAAGGUUUUGGCAACUUCAAUCCACAAACUGAUACUGCCAAAUUUAACUUGAAUGAUCCUCCAGUUAGGAACACAAUUGAUGUGCCCGUCGGUGGAUGGGCAGUCAUUCGUUUUGUCGCUGAUAAUCCUGGGGUUUGGCUGUUUCAUUGCCAUAUUGAUUCACAUUUGGCAUGGGGUCUGGCUAUGUCGUUCAUCGUUGAAAAUGGGAAAGGAGAGAAACAGACUAUGGAGCCACCUCCACCAGAUCUACCACAGUGCUAGAAGGAAUAUUAGAAUUAUUCUUCCAACUUAAUGGAUUUGGAGUUGUAGCAACUCAUCCAUAUUAUGGUUCUCUGCAAAUGAAGCAUUUUUAGUGUGGUCUAUCUACUGUCUUUUUGUUUAUAUAAGUAUAAGCAGUUCAGGGUCUGGAAUUCUUUUGCUUUUAAUUAGUUGUUCACGUUCCAAGUACUUUAUAUGUACUUUUACAAUCUCGUACUCUGUUAGUUCAGAUAUAUAUAUAUACUAGUUUCUAAACACGUGCGUUGCACACACGUGCGUU